UCACUGUCCAAACCUUUCCCACCUCAAAAUUCAAAACCCUAGCCCCCAGAAUCCGCCACGCACAGAACACUCACCUUUACUCCCUCGCUAGCUCAUCAAAGCAGCACAGCGACAUGUCGCACUUCGGCCGAUCUGGUCCUCCAGAUAUCAGAGACACCUUUUCUCUCCUCGUCCUCAACAUCACUUUCCGCACCACCGCCGACGAUCUUUUCCCUCUCUUCGACAAGUACGGCAAGGUAGUUGAUGUAUUUAUACCUCGCGAUCGAAGGACUGGAGAAUCGAGAGGUUUUGCCUUUGUGAGGUAUAAAUAUGCUGAUGAGGCACAAAAGGCAGUUGAUAGGCUUGAUGGGAGAGUUGUGGACGGGAGAGAGAUUAUGGUGCAAUUUGCGAAGUAUGGUCCUAAUGCGGAGCGAAUUCGGGAUGGGAGGAUAGUGGAAUCAACUUCAAAGAUAAAGAGUAGGUCCAGAAGCCGCAGCCCUCGUCCAAAGUAUCGGGAUGGCUACAGGGACCGGGACAGGGAUUACAGAAGGAGAAGUCGCAGUAGAAGCAGGGAUCGAUCUGAACAGGACGGGUAUCGAGGUAGGGAUAAAGAUUAUCAUCGCCGAAGUGUGAGCUGCAGCCCUGAUCGCCGCAAAGACCGUGGUAGAGGAUAUGAUGAGGAACGACGCAGUUGGAGCCGGUCUCAUGGAAGCCCUAAUUCUCCAAGGAGUCCUCCACGCAAGGCUCGUCUCAGGGAUGAAAGUCCUAAUGGACACAAUGAUAACAAACACUCUCCUACUUCAAAGAGUAUCUCUCCUCAUGAUGAACCGGUGGAUUCUUGAGCCUAUUUGCAGGAAGAUCUGAUACUGAUAAUUUGUCUGGAUGAGGCUUUGGUCCUGGAGCCAACUUCCACUGGUGAAGGGUUUCGUUUCCAUUGACAGAUUGACUACCAAUGCUGCCUGCCUUCUCCAUUCUUUGGCACGUUUAAACGGAAGGGAAAAUUCAGGGCAAAAAGGAUCGAUCCAAAUCCAAAAUAAAAUGAAAACUGGUACCAUUUUUGUCGUUUUGUUUGGAUUGUACAUAUUUAUUAAGUACCAACAGGGCUGCAAACAAAGUGCUUUAUCUAUGCUUGAGAAGCUCGUCUAAAACUCGUGAAUCAUUAGGAUGCAAUAUUGAAGGAUCCCACGGAGCAGUGCUACCUUAAAUCGAGACAAGGGGGAAGUUAAUUCUACCAAAAGAUAUUUAGCAUUACCCACCAUGAAUGUGCGAUUUGGUUCCUCGUGUUCUUUUAGGUGGUGUAGGUAGUGUAGGUAGUGUUUGGUUCGGAGUAGCAACUGGCUUGGGAUUUCCUGCAACUUCGCUGGAGGUAUCGCUAGAAUGAACCUUGCCUAUUCAGUUUUCAAAGGCAGUUUGCGGGCGCUUCAUUAUCAUCUUUUCCUGGUCUUUCAUGUUGGUCUUGCCAUAAAUGAACUCUGGUUCAAUCUCACGCGGAUCAGUCAGGUCUCCAACUCAUCUAUCUUGAUUUGUCGUUUAAUCAGAUGCCCAGGAAUACUCCAACUUGAAAUCAGCCUCCUUGUUGUAAAUCAGUUAACUGGUUCAGUUCCUCAAGAAAUGGGUCGAUUACGGUCCGUUCUGAGCUAGUUUUGCUUGGCAACCAGUUAUGUGGUCAAAUGUCUGCUUCAUUGGGAGAUUUGAGGUGUCUGACAUUUCUAUUUUCGCACCAAAGUAACCUUUCUGGUUCCAUUCCACCGGAAAUUUAGUUGAGCUUUACAUGGAUACCAAUUAUCUAUCAGGACACGUCCCUAAUAAUAUCUACAAAGUUAAUUAUGUUCUUCA